AUGGGCCCGUUAGGUGCAGAGGCUGAUGAGAACCAGACAGUGGAAGAGAUGAAAGUGGAUCAGUUCGGUCCAGGACACACCAUUCCAACAGGGGAGCUGGCCCCUGACUCUGAACCAGAGCUUAUAGACAGCACCAAGCUGAUUGAGGUGCAGGUUGUCCUUAUAUUGGCCUACUGCUCCAUCAUCUUGCUUGGGGUGAUUGGCAAUUCCUUGGUGAUCCAUGUGGUGAUCAAAUUCAAGAGCAUGCGUACAGUAACCAACUUCUUUAUUGCUAAUCUGGCUGUGGCGGAUCUUCUGGUGAACACCCUGUGCUUGCCAUUUACACUUACCUACACCUUGAUGGGGGAGUGGAAAAUGGGUCCUGUCCUCUGCCACUUGGUGCCAUAUGCCCAGGGCCUGGCCGUCCAAGUGUCCACCAUCACCUUGACGGUGAUUGCCCUGGACCGGCAUCGUUGCAUCGUCUACCACCUCGAGAGCAAGAUUUCCAAGCAAAUCAGCUUCUUGAUUAUUGGCUUGGCUUGGGGUGUCAGCGCCCUGCUAGCAAGCCCCCUGGCCAUCUUCCGGGAGUACUCGCUGAUUGAGAUCAUUCCUGACUUUGAGAUUGUGGCCUGUACUGAGAAGUGGCCUGAAGAGGAGAAGGGCAUCUAUGGCACUGUUUACAGUCUGGCCUCCUUACUAAUCCUGUAUGUUUUGCCUCUGGGCAUCAUCUCUUUUUCCUACACUCGGAUUUGGAGUAAACUUAAGAACCAUGUCAGUCCUGGGGCUGCUCAUGACCAGUACCAUCAGCGGAGGCACAAAACCACCAAAAUGCUGGUGUGUGUGGUGGUGGUGUUUGCGGUCAGCUGGUUGCCCCUCCAUGCCUUCCAACUCGCUGUUGACAUUGACAGCCACGUCUUGGACCUGAAGGAAUACAAACUCAUCUUCACUGUGUCCCACAUCAUUGCCAUGUGCUCCACCUUUGCCAAUCCCCUCCUCUACGGCUGGAUGAACAGCAACUAUAGAAAGGCUUUCCUCUCCGCGUUUCGCUGUGAGCAGAGGUUGGACGCCAUUCACUCUGAGGUGUCUGUGACAUUCAAGGCUAAAAAGCACCUGCAAGUCGCAAAGAAUAAUGGUCCCAGUGAUUCUUUCACAGAGGCUACCAACGUCUAA